AUGUUGUUGUUCACAUUCGUGGCUCUCCUCGUAACAAUCCACUCCGUUAAGGGCUCGGAAACUCCACUUGAAGAGAAAGAAACUUUUAUAACGCUCAACAGUAUGUACACAAACGAUCUGGUUUGGAGUGAUGAGUUGGCAGAAAAGGCAUUGGAAUGGCUCAAGUCACCGGAUCACCGAAAAAUAAAAGCUGAUCUGAUUGUUGGAGGAAGAGGUUUGGUUGCUAAUGCGAAUGACAAGACAGUUUGGCAAAAAAUACUUGAUGUUUUGGAGAUCCAUUUCGAUGAAAAGGAAGCAGAGCUCGAACGUCUUCCACCAGGCACAUUAUAUGGGUGCAAGGGCUAUAUGAGCACAAGGAGCACGAAAGACGAUUACGUGUCUGCCGUCUGUCUCUAUAGAUUGGAAAGGGUUAUGAUCAUCUCUUUCCCUCAAUAA